AUGGGGCAAGGUUUUGGUGACAAUGGGCUUGAGUUUGGAAGAGGCCCAAAACUCCAACAACCAGCUUCCCAAAUUUGCAGUUCAAAUGGGCACAAUAAUUCAAUCUUCAAGAAACCAGUCAGGGGCAGCAGUACAAGAAAUGGCAUCCUCUGGGAAUCAGAAAAUCUACUGAAGUUUUUCCGCCAAUCUGAAUUUCUUCACAGUUUGCCUAUGGCCACUUAUGCUAUCAACAUUCUCCCAUUUUCCUCUCCAACUUGCCCACUACACAUUGAACACACAAAAACCAGCAACUUUCACUUUCUGGGCAACCCAUUAUGUCAAAAACCCGGGACUUUAACUUCUUGUAAGUCCCAAAUUCAGCCUGUAUUAGCUGCUAUCAAUGUAGAAGAGAAAGUGGAAGGAGAAGUAGGAAAAGAGAAACCCAAGUUUAGGUGGGUUGAGAUAGGUCCUGAUAUACCAGAAGAACAAAAACAUGCCAUAUCUCAACUGCCAUUUAAUAUGACCGGAAGAUGUAAAGCACUUAUGAGACAGAUAAUUUGUUUCAAUGACAAGAAAGGUAGUUUGUCCGGUUUGUUGAGUGCUUGGGUUAAGAUUAUGAAGCCAAGGAGAAAAGAUUGGCUUUCUGUUCUUAAGGAAUUGAACAAGAUGGAACAUCCACUGUAUCUUGAGGUGGCAGAAAUUGCCCUUCUAGAAGAAUCUUUUGAGGCUAAUGUUCGUGACUAUACCAAAAUAAUCCAUUUUUUUGGGAAGAACAACCAGCUUGAAGAAGCUGAAAGAACUCGCUUAGCCAUGGAGGAGAAAGGGUUUGUAAGUGAUCAGGUAACGCUAACUGCUAUGAUUCACAUGUACAGCAAAGCUGGCAAUCUUACGCUUGCUGAAGAAACUUUUGAAGAGCUGAAACUGCUUGGUCAACCAUUAGACAGGAGAUCAUAUGGUUCGAUUAUCAUGGCCUAUAUCAGAGCUGGAAUGCCUGAAAAGGGGGAGAUGAUACUUAGAGAAAUGGACACUCAAGAUAUCCGUGCUGGAAGUGAAGUUUACAAGGCAUUGUUAAGAGCGUAUUCCAUUAUUGGUGAUGCUGAUGGAGCUCAAAGAGCGUUUGAUGCAAUUCAACUUGCAGGUAUACCUCCUGAUGAUAGAAUGUGUGCAGUCCUCAUAAAUGCUUAUGCAAUGGCAGGUCAAAGUCAAAAUGCACACACUGCAUUCGAAAAUAUGUGGAGGGCUGGCAUUGAACCUAGUGAUAGAUGUGUAGCUCUGGUGUUGGCUGCAUAUGAAAAGGAAAACAAGCUCAACCGGGCAUUGGACUUUCUAAUGAGAUUGGAGGGAGAGGGAAUCAUCAUUGGCAAAGAAGCAUCAGAAGUACUAGCUGGAUGGUUUGGAAGACUUGGGGUCGUGAAAGAGGUGGAGCUUGUAUUGAGAGAAUAUGCCGUGGGAUAA